AUGGUGCAUGUGGGAACAUCAAAGCGGCAGUCUGCCCUGGCACGUCGGAACCAGACGAUCAUCGAUAUCAGGAAGUUCGCACAAGGCACUGCCGACCAAGUAUCCGUACAUGCAGAUGCAGUGGCAUUGGAUCGCAUCGCCUUUGCCGCCCGCACCGCCCAACACGAACCGCCGGAAAUAGCAUCGCAGCACACGGCCACAGAUGCUGGGGUUGGUGGUGAACCGGGACGAGCGGCAUCGGUGUGGCGGCAAAGUUACCCAUGCAGCUGCAGAGGCCAUGAAAAGUUGCUGUGCCGACAUUUGGACGGUUCUGGGCUUGUCCUUGCAAAGUCAAUGGCGACGCGUCCCCCCAACCGUCCACUCUCAACCGCAACCUCUGCAGCCAAGCCGAAAGCAAGGCCGACCGUCACCACGUUCUCUUUUGCCCUGCUGAUCCCUCGGACAUGA